AUAAAAGAAAGAAGAAAGUGGAUGGACGGCGGAAGAUGGAGAGGCGGAGGGGGAGGUGUUUCUCGGGGGCUGCUGCCGCUGCUGGCUGUUCACGCCGUCAACGAAUACUACAGACUGCCGUGGAAGCCCCCUGUCACCGCCGGCCUUCUGGCUGCUAACACACUCAUGUAUCUAAGGCCUUCUUUCCUGGAUUCUCUCCUCCCUUCUAUCGAUGAGGUUUGGUUUAAUCCUCAUCUCAUUCUCAAGAACAAAGACAUGAAACGCUUCUUCCUAUCAUCAUUCUACCAUAUUGGUGAAUCUCACCUGGCCUACAACAUGAUGUCGCUCUUAUGGAAGGGGAUCCAAUUGGAAACUUCAAUGGGGAGCUCUGAAUUUGCAUCUAUGGUCGUUGUUCUCCUUGGUAUGUCACAAGGUAUCACUUUGCUACUAGCUAAAUCCCUUCUCUUGUUCCUUGAUUACAAGAGAGCCUAUUACUCUGAAUAUGCUGUUGGAUUUUCGGGUGUCCUCUUUGCCAUGAAAGUUGUCCUCAAUUCUCAGUCAGAAGACUACACUAAUGUGCAUGGACUUACUGUACCAGCCCGUCAUGCGGCAUGGGCAGAAUUGGUUCUUAUUCAGAUGUUUGUACCUGGUGUCUCAUUUCUUGGCCACCUUGGUGGUAUACUUGCUGGGAUGCUCUAUGUAAAAAUGAAGGGUUCAUAUUCUGGUUCAGAUCCAUUGACUAUGAUAAUUAGAGGGCUCAGUAGUGCGUUAAGGUGGCCUCUAAGGUUUAUAAGGGACAUGUUUCGGUUAAGGAGACGGAGAAUAUCUGGCAGGGGAACUACUGGUGGCAUAUGGAGAUGCCAAGCAUGUACAUAUGAUAACUCCGGUUGGUUAAGAAUUUGUGAGAUGUGUGGAACGAGUCGAAGCAGCAAUGGUGGGUUAUCACGACAAGUGUCUCGUGAUUCUCGUCAUCUUCCUUUGGAAGAAUUACGUCGCCGAAGAGUUGAGAGAUUUGGUUGAUGAACAAGUAUUUUCUUUUAAUUUUGGUUGCAAAUAAAUGUCAGUCUUUGAAUUAUAAAAACAGAAGAUUGGAUUACCAUUUCUUAAAAUGUUGGCUAUUUGAAUUGUUUCCCUCCAUUCAUAUUGAUGUUCAAUCUGCAAUGGUUAAUGAUAAUUUCUUACAUC